GGCCGGUGUAAUUCCGCUGGCCGAUCAGCUGUGUGUUUUGGUGAAUUACGACAAUAAAAAUAAGUCAGGACAAGGACAAAGUCAGGCCAGGACACAAAACUGAAGGAAGGAUGAGCGAGGCCGGCCCCAAUGCGGAUGCCCUGGCGGCCGACGAAAAGCAGCGCAAGUUUCGCAUACAAGCCGCCGCUUUCCUGGGCUUAGUGGGCGGUGUAUCCGCACUGUUUGGAUUCUCGCGCACGCUGGCCACCGCCAAGAAGGCAGACAGCAAGGUGUUGCAGCAGGCUGGCACCCGGCAGGGCAUCAUUCUGAUGGAUGAGGGCGCUACCCUGGCCAUGCGUGCCCUCGGCUGGGGCACUCUGUAUGCGGUCCUGGGCACGGGUGCCUUUUGCUAUGGCUUCUGGAAGCUGAGCGGGGCCAAAGAUUUCCAGGAGUUUCGCCUGAAAAUGGGCAAGGCACUGCCUCGCAUCUCUAAGGAUGAACCACCCAGCAGCCGCACUGACUUCGAGAGCCUCACCGACCUCAUGAAGUACCUGGCCGCCUGGAACAAGGAAUAAACCCAAGUUAAAUAUAAACCUAAGGCCUAAGUAGACUAGAAACCAAACUCCUUGUUAAUUUGAGUUCACAUACAGGCAGACAUACAUAAAUGCUUCCAGUUUCUUAUAAAAAAAAUGUCUCUUGUUUAAUGAUUUUUAAAUUGGAACCCCUUUCAUGGACUUUGCCACAUGAGAGUGAAAGGGAGAGCUAGAGUUACAGAGGCCUGAAGUCGGAGAGAGACGGCAAGUUGAAUUUGUUGCAAAAUGGGGCAUCUUUCAAUAAAUUUUAGCAACGAAACGUUAAAAGUUAGCUUAAUGAAUUAAAUAUUAUUUUAUAAUGUAAUAUUUCAACACUUUAUGUUAAAUUUUGUAAUGAAAAAUAUUUAGGGAUAUAGGAGUUAUAGGUUAUCUUAGGAGUCUCCUUAAAAAAACUAUGGAUUUGCUUUGUGCAACCAAAUUGUCCACAAAAACAUCCGAUCUUUAUCAAAAUUAUAAUGUAUUUGUUAAAGGAAAAGUGUUCUGAGGUACUUGUA